CACAUCGCUUUGAGUCACGCAGCGGCAUUUCCCAAAAUUACCUUGAAGCAACUUGUAACUCCCGUGUUAACUCGGUUGUUCGAUAAGAUAACGUCUAAAUGCGCUCAUCACGUUCACACGAUAUUUUUAUUUGAUAAGAACGAAGAAACAGAAAAAAAACAAAUUCUGGACGGAGUAAACCAACGGCGGAACAAGAGCAACAAGUAUCGAAGGCAUCAAAAAUUUAUUUCGAAACGCAAACAUAGAAUACCUUUGUAUUAUAGUUGUCAACGUGUUUCUAUCUAACGCUGAAGUGUUUUCGAUCGACGGUUGAAUCGCGCUCCGAUUCAAAUGACGUCACUUUGGUAUAUAUAAAUCGAGCAACGAUCGGUCGAUUUGUCAUCAGUGAAACGUCAUUUACUCGAACGCUUUCGCUGACUCUCAACUCGAUCGAAAGCGCGCGCUAAUAAGUUCCGCGCGUAAAACCCAGUUUACACAAGAACGCGGAGAAAGGGGUUUACACAUUUCUCGAGACCGGCGCAAAGAGAUUGGUCGACUCUUGGUCUCGCUCCGGAUUUUCGCGAUUAUCGCUUUCGUUGCAGACGAGGCCUUGUUAAUUUCCCCCGAGCAUGCGUUCCGUCGUUUUCUGUGCCGCGACAACAUUGCCACGAGUGUGCGACAUAAAAAAAAAAUUGGAUACGCCCUAAGAGCGAGGUGGCAGUUCGCAGUCUACAACGUGUAAAAAAAUCUAUGCUCGUCGCGAGUUUCGCGAUAAUCGGUAAACAGGCGGGCGGAUAAGUCGCGCGGCGCGAUUUUGACAGUUGUCUUGACGCAGACGCGAUCGUUUUUCUCGAUCUUGACACGUACCACACACACGUGGUUAUCCGCCUGUCAAAGCUGUCAGUUUCUAAUUUUCUCUCGCGCGUUUCGAGAUGGAAACGCGACUUGCGUCACGACGCGCGAUCGGGUUGUUCUCUCACCCGAUCUAACGAUACGGAAUUCCCGUGGAAAUCAAUGGCGUAAGCAUUAUCCGUAUGUAUGUACGCGCGUGUUGUAUACGUGUUGUUCGCUCACGCACAAUCGCGAAAAUGUGAGCUUUAUCGUUCGCUCGCGUGUCUUAUCUUCUUGGUUGACAUCGAGGCGAAGAAAAAUAACGUAACAACAUCCGCGUGAAUUUUUCCCUUCACCGUUCUCACGAAUAUACUCUUUUUUUCGCGCCGGGCAUGAACGGACAAGUGCAGCCGUCGCGGGAGAGGUUAGGUAAUUAAACUUGUUUCGAUCCUCGACAAUGGACCUGGCAACAGGCGUUCACUUUUUAGGUUUCAGCUCGUCUGGUCUUGGAUUCUUUUCCGGGAUGGUCGCGACCGACCGUGUACCAAACAUACAACAACCCUUUCAGGACGCGGAGUUAUCGCUAGAUGACUCGACAGUUGCCACGGAGGUCGACAGCAAAGUCAAGACAAAAUUGCUUUCUAUGUGGAACAAUGUUAAAUACGGUCUUUUGUUCACAGGUUGGACCGUAAAAAUGAAGACGAAUUUCUCCAAGGAAUCCCCGGUUUGGUUGUUGGGCCAGUGUUACUUAAAGAAAUCGGAAGAUCCUUUGGAGAGAGCAUCGGAGGCCCUGGAACCGGUCGGAACAGGGAGCCAGGUCUCCCUGGCGAUAGACGCGACCAAUUUCGAGAACACCAUCGAGGAAUUCAAGAGGGACUUUGUGUCGCGUCUCUGGUUGACGUACAGACGGGAAUUCCCGAUUCUGAACGGUUCAACCUUCACCACCGACUGCGGAUGGGGCUGUAUGCUGCGAAGCGGACAGAUGAUGCUGGCGCAGGCGUUGGUCUGUCACUUUCUCGGACGAGAAUGGAGAUGGCGACCCGAGCAACCGAUCGAGACCACCCAACAGCGACUGGACGAGUACAAGCAUCGAAUGAUCAUCAAGUGGUUCGGCGAUCAGCCGACAUUGGAAUCUCCGUUUUCUAUACACAGGCUCGUGUCGCUAGGCGCUUCAACGGGGAAGCGCGCGGGCGACUGGUACGGUCCUUCCUCAGUUGCCCAUCUUCUGUGUCAAGCUGUACAGUGUGCUAGUGAGCAGCCAACUAACAAACUCGACCAGUUGGCGGUGUACGUCGCUCAAGAUUGUGCAGUGUAUCUGCAAGACGUCGAGAACAUCUGCCGCACUCCUGACGGUAAGUGGAAGGCACUGAUAUUGCUGGUGCCUUUGAGACUCGGCGUCGAAAAACUGAAUCCGGUCUACGCGCCGUGCGUGACGUCGCUGCUUACAUUGAGCACGUGCAUCGGUAUGAUCGGCGGCCGACCACGACACUCGCUGUACUUCGUCGGCUACCAGGACGACAAGCUGAUUCAUCUGGAUCCACACUAUUGCCAAGAAACUGUUGACGUGUGGAAGAGGAACUUUUCGUUGACGAGCUUCCAUUGUACGUCUCCAAGGAAGAUGUUGCUCUCGAAAAUGGAUCCCAGUUGUUGCGUAGGCUUCUACUUCCCGAACAAGGAGUCGCUCACCGAUUUCAUGGAGACGAUUCAACAAUUUGUAAUACCGUCAACGACGGACUAUCCGAUGUUCCUGUUCUGCGAAGGAAGUGGCAAGGAUCUUCAGCAAGGCAUCGAGGUCGUUGAAGAUAUCCUGCCGUCCGCGAGUCCCUUUGUCGAUCCAGAGGCGCUGGAAGACGACUUGUACGAGUGCGAGGAGUUCGAGUUACUUCACUAAGGUAAGAACGUCAGGACGAACGUCAGCGCGAUCGCGUUUAACUUGAAGUAUUGUAUAUGUAAAUAUUAUUCCCUCGCAAAACUAUUUCUACGUGUUGUUUACACAAUUCAUUCGUCCAACGCUUCGCCACAGUAGGGAUUUUUUCAUAUACACUUUUUUUUUCCUAUAGCCAAUGUAGGAAAAGAGCGAAAAUAUUAGAAAAUCGCGUCUGAAUGGAAAGAGCGUUGAACUUCCAUGAUUUAGACGCGCAUCUUAAGACAAGGAUCUUUGAGAUACCGACAUAUUGUCGUUAUAAAAGUUAAAAAAAAAAAAAAAAA